CUGUAUUCCCGGGCAAGCAAAAUUAAAAUUCUUUAUCAUUAUUUAAAUUUGACUAUCCUAAUUGUAACUGUAUAAAAGAAAUAUUUCGAAACUUAUAGAAGCAUCAAACGGACCGCACCCAUCAUUUGUGACGCGCACAUAAGUUUUAUUUAGCUCACCUACAGGAUUUCGCAAUAUUAAUGUAAAAAUAAAUUUUGAACGCGACAUUGUUAUAUUUUACGUGCUGAAGAUCACAGUUUACUGUGGUUUACACGAUGAGGCGCACGUGGCGAGACAACGACCGGGAUUUUAAGCAACCAUUACCAGGUGGAGAAACCACAGAAGCUGAGUUAAUAUGUGUUCUGUACGAAACAAAAACAGAAUUCAAACCUUUACCAGGAUUUGAUCCUAAUAUUGAUGAUUUACAAUAUUUUCGAGCUCAACAAAGAAUUGAUUGUGAUGAAGUAUAUCCUGGAAUAUUUAUUGGCAAUGGUGAGACAGCAAAGAAUAAGAAAUAUCUCGAAAUGUUGGGUGUAACACACUUAUUGAAUGCUGCUGAGGGAAAGAGAUAUGGAUUUGUCAAUACAGAUAGUAAUUAUUAUGCAGAUACAGCAAUCAAGUAUUAUGGUAUUCCAGUUACAGAUUUACCUACUGCAGAUAUUAGUAAAUAUUUUUAUACAGUAGCAGAUUUUAUUCAUGAAGCAAUAUCCACAGGAGGUAAAGCUUUUGUGCAUUGCAUGCAAGGUGUAUCUCGUAGUGCCACCUGUGUCCUUGCAUAUUUAAUGAUAAGAAAGAACAUGUUAGCAGUUAAUGCCUUGCGAAUGAUCCGUGAAAAUCGGGAUGUCCAUCCAAAUAAUGGUUUUCUUCAACAGUUAGCCCAGUUAGACAAUCAUUUGCGUAGACAACAGUUGCAAUCUUGUUGCUAAACACGUUUUGACAUAAUUAACAUAAACCUUGAUAAAUACACUAUAUAGAGACUUCAAUGUUAUUUUAACAAACAAAACAAACAAAUUUUGUUCCUAUAUUGAUAGAAUUUAUGAAAUUUUUUGUAAAAAUCAAGG